AUGUAUGGAAAAAAUUUUGUGUUUGUGUGUUGCGGAGUUCUCCUUGUCACUGCAUUGUCGAAAUCUCGGAAAGAUUUUACAAAAAUCGAAGGGAAAUAUGAUAAUUUGACGGUACAAUACAAGAUUGACACGGAAUCUACAACAAACUAUAUCAAAAUUGAAACUCUACAAUAUGAUGUGUACGAAAAGUUGACCAAUAAUGAGUAUGUCAAUUCAAAACGAUAUAAACUGGAGACGCAUUUUGUGCACAAUCAUGAGAAUGAUGAGGAAAUACCAAUAAAAUCUCACACUAAUUCAACAAAUGUCAGUCAUCAAAGAAACUUUAUGUCACAGGAAGUUUAUGAAAACUCGAUUGAAAAUAAUGAUUUCAUGUCGCAUGAAGUCUUUGAGAACUGCAGUAAAAAUAGUAAUGAAGGUAACAUCGUUCCAUACGAAAUGUGCCAUAAUAUUACUUGCUUUCUACUCUGCUGUCCUCUUGGUGAAAACAUGAGGAUGGUUGACGGAAAAUGCAUUUCUGAAGAAAUUAAAUACGUUUUCCCGAAAGUAUAUGAAUAUAUAAACGAUUCAAUACAGAGCAAAAAUAAGAGAGUGGACGAAUUGUUUCAACUGGCCAUCCACGAUUCGUGCCACGAAAAGAAUCAUUUCCAGCUUCCCGAUUAUCAUCGCGAUUUUAUUAUUUUUGUCAAUGGUUCUAUAUAUUUAUCUUAUUAUAAAAUAUUUGUUAAAUCAACAUCAUAUUGUCUUACUGUCGUGGAAGGGGGAGAUAAGUUUGACGUGGUCCUCUGUUCAGAAACUUUAGACGAGAUCAACAAGCAAAUAAUUAUGUCGACUGAUAAUACUCUUUCUAAUGCCCCUUUUGUCUUACAAGUCAUAUAUUUGAACUUCUGUAGCAUAGUGUCCAUACUAUUUUUGGUGGCAAUAUUUUUGGUGUAUUCCAUUUUACCAGAGCUCCAAAAUGUAUACGGCUUUAUGUUGCGUAAUUACAGCGCUACUUUGUCCGUCUCUUACACAUUUCACAUUGUGAAUAAUAUGAUCAAAGCGGAUUACAUACCGUAUCCCAUCUGUAUUGCAAUCGCUUUCUUUAUCUACUUUUUUAGUUUAUCGAAUUUCUUCUGGUUAAUUACGAUAAGCUUUCAUAUAUGGUGGACAUUCAGAGGAUUCUGUUCGUUACAUAAUAACGUAAAAAAACUGGAAAAAAGGAAGUUGUUUUAUGCGAUCUUUGCUUGGGGUUGUCCCUUUAUCUUAGCUAUUGUCUAUGCUAUCAUGGAUUCUGUUUCCGAAUAUGUACCAAAUAUUUUGAGACUGAACUUUUAUUUAGGUAAUUGCUGGUUCUAUAACAAAGAAGCGUUUUUGUUGUAUUAUUACGUGUUCAAAAGUAUCUGUAUCAGUUGCAGUAUUAGCUUAUCCAUCUUUACGGCAUUGAAGAUGAAACGAUACGAAAAGGAUACAAACUUUUGUUUGACAGAUUCGGAAAGCAAGCGAUAUAAGGACAACAAGAAAUGGUUAAAUCUGUAUCUAAAACUUUUUAUCUUGCUGUUUAUCGUGAUUGGCAUUAAAUGGUUCGUGAUGACAGUGACAUGGUUGUCUAAAAAUGUGCCCAAUUAUGUUUGGUAUGUUACUGGUUUAGUGAACAUUCUGCAGAAUCUUUGUACUUUGAUCAUCUUUGUAUGGAGAAAGAAGAUCAAAGUGAUAUUAUUGAAGCGAUUAGAAGUUGAGACGAACUCAAAAAUGUCGAGCACUACCACGUCAUGGGUGUCUAUGAAGGAAAAAACAAGUUCUUGCGGACAAGUAAACUGUCAUGCAAAAGGUUCAUCUGACGAAACUGAGCUCUAA